AUGCUGGCAGGCAGCGCCCGCCCCGAUCAGUAUACUCUCCCUCUGGUCCUCCGAGCAGUUACCGGCCUCCCUGCUCGUGCUGGCCUCGGCAAGACGAUCCACUCUCUUGGUAUCCAGCUGGGUUUCUGCGUCGAUGCCUAUUUCUGUAAUUCUGUGAUCGCUAUGUAUGUUAGAUGUGAUAAUACCGUCUAUGCUCGUAACCUGUUUGAUGAAAUGCGUCACAGAGAUGUGGUCUCCUGGACCACCCUGAUCUCUGGUUAUAUUCAGAACAGAAACAUCUUAGAAUCCACUAGACUGUUCCAUGAGAUGAGAAUCUCUGGCAUUGAGCCCAGCUCUGUGACAUUGGGGGUGAUCCUCAGAGCAUUUGAAAUUGAAAAAAGUGGCGAUGGAGGGAGGCAAAUGCAUGGAUUUGUAAUAAAGAGGGGGUUUGGGAGCCAUGAGUUGGUCCAAAAUUCUAUUUUGACAACAUAUAGCAAGUUGUCUUAUAUUAAGGAGGCAGAGAAGCUCUUUGAGUGUAUGGAGGAAAGGGGUUUUGUUUCAUGGAAUAUUCUGAUGUUGGCAUAUUUUUCAGCAGGUCAUAUGUCCAGAGUGGUUGAUUGCUUUCAGAGAAUGAUAACUGAAUUGUAUCCUAGUCUUGAGACACUGACCAUCAUCAUCUCAGCUUUGGGCAAGUGCAGAGAACUUCGGAUGGGCCAGCAGAUUCAUUGUUAUGCCGUAAAGCAUGGACAGAUUGACAUGGUUCUUCAAGCUUCUUUUAUGAACUUCUAUGCCCAGUGUGCAGAUUUAGCUUCUUCCUUCUCAUUGCUUCAAGAAUUUGGCACCCAAACUUGCAGCAUCCCUUGGAUUGUUAUGAUGUGGGCAUUUGUACAAAGUGGGCAGUUUAGACAGGCUAUUAGUUUAUUUCAAAGAAUGCAAAAUUUAGGUUUAGAGCCAAACGCUGAUGCUCUGAGGUGCUUGGUUACUUCAUAUACUCACUUGGGUGCCCUGCUGCUGGGAAAAGUAAUUCAUGGUUACUUCUUAAGGCGUCAGUUAAGUUCUGAAUCAGAAGCGGAAAGGCUUGAAACAUCCAUUCUUAACAUGUAUGCUAAAUGUGGUAAUAUCAUUCUUGCGCGGAGAUGUUUCGAUAACAUGGUAGACAGAGAUAUCGUGGUUUGGAGCUCGAUGAUUGAAAGCUAUGCCAUCCAUGGAAUGGGAAUAGAAGCUAUGAAGCUAUUUCACCAGAUGGAGGAGGCAGGAGUCAGCCCAAACAGCAUAACAUUCCUAAGUUUGUUGUCAUCAUGCAGUCACUCAGGUCUUGUGAAUGAAGGUUGUCAGGUGUUCCAUUCUAUGACUGAAAGGUUUGGCAUAAAAGCUGAGUUAAACCAUUACACCUGCAUGGUAGACCUUUUUGCUCGGGCUGGAAAGCUUGUUGAAGCCUUAAAUUUGAUUAAUUCCAUGGAUGUGAAACCUGAUGGGAGAAUUUGGGGAGCUCUUCUUGCCUCAUGUAGAGUACACCAAAAUGUUGAUGUUGGAGACUAUGCUGCUCAAAGACUGUUGCAAUUGGAACCAGAUAAUGUGGGCUACAAUAUUAUUUUGAGUAGCAUCCAAGCUGGUGGAAACCAAUGGGCUAAAGCUGAGAGAAUCUGGAAGUCCAUGGAUGACAUAGAGUUGAAGGGUAGACCAGGUUGGAGUUGCAUAGAAGAGAAGGGAGGAUUUUCCCUUUUUCUUGCUGCGGAUUACUCGCAUUUAUGA